UGGCUGCACAUUUAACAGCAGGAGCAGCUACCGAAGCAGCCUCAGCCUCUCUCUUCUUCCUUCUCCUCCUCGGCCACUGCCACCGCCACCCCGCGGUCGCCGCCUCCGCCUCCUGCCUCCGCCCAGUCCCCUCCUCCUCCACCCGCGAACUUAGUCAGCGGUUCGCGCCGCGGCGCCACGAUUGGCCGGCGGAAGGCGCCGCGUCACAAUGGAGCCGGUCGGAGGCGGCGAGCCGGCCAGCGCUGGGGCUUCCCGCUGAGCCCGCCGCGGCCGGCAGCCGAGAAAGUGAGGAUACCCGGCCGCCACCCGCGCGCCCCGAGCGGCGCGGGGCGGACGCCGCGGGGAGCGCCGGCGCCCCGGGCUGGAGUCGCGCAGGGCUCCAGUUUGUAUUUCCAGCUGCCUACUAGACAUCACCACCUAAAUGGGCCACAGGAAUUUUUCAAAUAGAAACUAAUUGCAGAGUUUCCAGUUGACCAACAUUCAUAGGGUAAUAUUUUUAAUGCAUAGAAUUGGUUGGCCUUAUUUCCAUAACUAAAAGCUACCAUGUUCUCCUAAAGUAGAAUGAAGACAAACACAGAGAUGGUGUGUCUAAGAAAUUUUAAAAGGUGUAGGCCUCCUGAUUGAAGCAUUAUUGACUUAUUGGAAUCAUUUUUUUUUAUUAGCUUUCUGUGCUCCUACAAGGGAAAGUCAUGAUUACACUAACAGAGUUAAAAUGUUUAGCAGACGCCCAGUCAUCUUAUCACAUCCUAAAACCCUGGUGGGACGUCUUCUGGUAUUACAUCACCCUGGUCAUGCUGCUGGUGGCUGUGCUGGCCGGUGCCCUCCAGCUUACGCAGAGCAGGGUUCUGUGCUGUCUUCCAUGUAAGGUGGAAUUCGACAAUCACUGCGCCGUGCCUUGGGACAUCCUGAAAGCCAGCAUGAAUACAUCUUCUGAUCCCGGGACACUGCUUCCGCUCCCCCUCAGAAUCCAGAAUGACCUCCACAGACAGCAGUACUCGUACAUUGACGCCGUCUGUUAUGAGAAACAGCUCCACUGGUUCGCAAAGUUUUUCCCCUACCUGGUGCUCUUGCACACGCUCAUCUUUGCAGCCUGUAGCAACUUUUGGCUUCACUACCCCAGUACCAGUUCCAGGCUCGAGCAUUUUGUGGCCAUCCUUCACAAGUGCUUCGAUUCUCCGUGGACUACCCGCGCCCUGUCCGAAACAGUGGCCGAGCAGUCGGUGAAGCCCCUGACACACUCCAAGUCCAAGGUUCUGAUUUCCUCCUCAGGGUGUUCAGCUGAUGUUGAUGCCAGUAAGCAGGCAUUGCCCUACCCGCAGACUGGCUUGGAGUCAGCUGGCAUAGAGAGCCCAACUUCCAGUGUCCUGGACAAGAAGGAGGGCGAACAGGCCAAAGCCAUCUUUGAAAAAGUGAAAAGAUUCCGCAUGCACGUGGAGCAGAAGGACAUCAUUUACAGAGUGUACCUGAAGCAGAUAAUAGUCAAAGUCAUUUUGUUUGUUCUCAUCAUAACUUAUGUUCCAUAUUUUUUAACCUACAUCACUCUUGAAAUUGACUGUUCAGUUGAUGUGCAGGCUUUUACAGGAUAUAAGCGUUACCAGUGUGUCUACUCCUUGGCAGAAAUAUUUAAGGUCCUGGCUUCAUUCUAUGUCAUUUUGGUUAUACUUUAUGGUCUCACCUCCUCCUACAGCCUGUGGUGGAUGGUCAGGAGUUCCCUGAAGCAAUAUUCCUUUGAGGCGUUGAGAGAGAAAAGCAACUACAGCGACAUACCUGACGUCAAGAAUGACUUUGCCUUCAUCCUCCAUCUGGCCGAUCAGUACGAUCCUCUUUAUUCCAAACGCUUCUCCAUAUUCCUGUCGGAAGUCAGUGAGAACAAGCUGAAACAGAUCAACCUCAAUAACGAAUGGACAGUCGAGAAACUGAAAAGCAAACUCGUAAAAAACUCCCAGGACAAGAUAGAACUGCAUCUUUUUAUGCUCAACGGUCUUCCAGACAAUGUGUUUGAGCUAACGGAGAUCGAAGUGCUGAGCCUGGAGCUGAUCCCUGAGGUCAAGCUGCCCUCCACAGUCUCGCAGCUGGUCAACCUCAAGGAGCUUCACGUGUACCACUCAUCUCUGGUGGUCGACCAUCCUGCGCUGGCCUUCCUAGAGGAGAAUUUAAAAAUCCUCCGCCUGAAAUUUACUGAAAUGGGGAAAAUUCCACGCUGGGUAUUUCACCUGAAGAAUCUCAAGGAACUUUACCUGUCCAGUUGUGUUCUGCCCGAGCAGUUGAGUACCAUGCAGCCAGAGGGUUUCCAGGACUUAAAGAACCUGAGGACCCUCUACUUGAAGAGCAGCCUGUCCCGGAUCCCACAGGUUGUUACUGACCUCCUGCCUUCCCUGCAGAAGUUGUCCCUCAAUAAUGAGGGGAGCAAGCUGGUUGUGUUGAACAACCUGAAAAAGAUGAUCAAUCUGAAAAGCCUAGAGCUGAUCAGCUGUGACCUGGAACGCAUUCCACACUCCAUUUUCAGCCUGAACAAUUUGCAUGAGUUAGACCUCAAGGAAAAUAACCUUAAAACGGUGGAAGAGAUCAUCAGCUUUCAGCAUCUCCAGAAUCUUUCCUGCUUAAAGUUGUGGCACAAUAACAUUGCUUAUAUUCCUGCCCAAAUUGGGGCGUUAUCUAAUCUAGAGCAGCUCUCUUUGGACCAUAAUAAUAUUGAGAAUCUGCCCCUGCAGCUCUUUCUAUGCACCAAACUACAGUACUUGGAUCUAAGCUAUAACCACCUGACCUUCAUUCCAGAAGAAAUCCAGUAUCUGAGUAAUUUGCAGUACUUUGCUGUGACGAACAACAAUAUUGAGAUGCUACCAGAUGGGCUGUUUCAGUGCAAAAAGCUGCAGUGUUUACUUUUGGGCAAAAAUAGCCUGAUGAGUUUGUCCCCUCAUGUGGGUGAGCUGUCGAACCUUACUCAUCUGGAGCUCAUUGGUAAUUACCUGGAAACACUUCCUCCUGAACUGGAAGGAUGUCAGUCCCUAAAACGGAGCUGUCUGAUUGUAGAGGAGAAUUUGCUCAAUACUCUUCCUCUCCCUGUAACAGAACGUUUGCAGACUUGCUUAGAUAAAUGUUAACCUAAAGAGAAAGUAAUUUUAAAAAUAUGCCCCAGGGCUUUAAAUGAGAACUAAAAUUCCCUAAAUUAUAAAGAUUUAAAAAAUGGAUAAUAAUUAUGACUAACUCUAACCAAAUGUCUUAUUAAAGCAACUCAGUGUGUAGCCCUAAAUUAAACAGGUAAAAAGUGUUAACACUGAACUGAAAUUUUGUGAAUAAUUGAUCUUUUACUUCUUGAGAUGUAAGAAGUACACUUUGAGGGUGGAAUGGGGGAUGUGAAAUUAUUGAAUCUCUACCUUGCAGCUUUUUUACCUUGAGGAUCAGAUACUCUUUCUUCUCCUUCCUCAACCCCCAUUACUGAUUUGCACACUAUUUCAACUGACUUCCUGUUUGGAGACUUAUCACCUAGACCAGAAACUCAUCAAUAUAAAUUUCUUUGAUGUAUACUGAGCACUGUCUUUGAUUUAUGUUCUUAAGUAUUUUAAGGCCGUGUGCUUGGCAGAAUUCCUUCUUGGCUUCAUCCUUCCUGUCCCAGUUUGCUUGAGACUUCCUUCAUCUGGUUUUUCUCUUAACAAUGAUGAACCCUGAAAAAGUGCCUGCUUUUGACCUUUGCAUAAAACAGGAGCAGGGUACGUAGGACUUGUCAUCCUUGGGGCAUCCUGAAAAUUCAUGUAUUCUCCAAAAUGUCUUCUUGUGUAUCAUCAAAGCCUUUUUUAUUUGCUAAUUUUUUAUGGUAAAUGUAAAACAUAUAAAUAUUUUUAUUGUAUAAUCUUGAAUUCAAAAUCUGUGGGAAUAAUUUUUGUAAGGUACAGGAAACACAUGCAUCUCUUUAAGAAUUUACUAUUAAUAUACUUGGUUUUGGCUGCUUAUGAUUCUCAUAUUUGUUUUUCAAUAUGUUUUCUCCAGUAUGCAUUCUCCAGUAUGUUUUUGUACUCUGCAACUAAUUACUUUUGGAUAACAAAAGCCUUGUGUUUCAUGCCCUAAAAUAUUUGGGGGUUUUCUUAUAAGAGGAUGGCCACAUCAUCUACCUCUCUCUCUUCCCUUGUUGCUGUGCUUAUUGUACGGGUACAAUUCUUAAUGACUUCAGAAACUGUGAUGGAGGGGAGAGGUACAGAUUUGGAUCUUUCAAAUUGGUUUUAAAACACCUUGCAGAAAUUAAGUGUUAAAGCAAAAUACUUUCCUUCUCCAUCUGCAUGAUCUCUAGAUACGACUAAUGUAAAACACUCAGCCUCUAUUCAGUGUUUAAGAUGACUGCUCAAAGCUCACAGAAAAAUAGAUCCAUUUCGCUGCAAUUCAUCUCAUGACUUUGUCUAACUUUUCUGGUAUACAUUUGGCUUUUUUUUUUUUUUUUUUUUUUAUGAAGAGCUUUGGGUUUGGCCUUUUAUUAUCAUGGAUAUUGUCAAAUAAAAUCAGCUGACUCAUUUUUGGGAAAUGUACAUUUUUCUAAUGUGUUUUUCUCUAAUGGGUCUAGGCAUUAUGAUGCCUUCUCAUUUUGGAUGUAACUAUGAAGUAAUGUAUUAACCGCACCGAGACAAAACUGGAAAACAUGGUGGGUAAAGAGUACUGUAAAUGUGGAAUUGUGAUGUGUGGUAUUUUUUCUUGCUUUGCCCAUUCCAAAAAGAUGAAAGUGAGUCUUUAAAUUGUAACAAAAUAUAGCUUCCCUCACCUGCCACACACCCUUGGUCUGGAGCUCAGACAAAAGAACUGUUUGCGUCAAAUGAAAUUUGACUAAUGGCACCUAUAAAAAACACACAACACCAAAAGCUGCCUGAACCUUAUUGUUUAUUGUGAAUGAAAAGAAAUGGUGUGAAAAUGUAAUUCUUACCAAAACCUAAACCUUAUUGUUUAUUCUGAAUGAGAGGGAAUGGUGUAAAAAUGUAAAUCGUACCAAAACUUGCCUUUAGCCAGAACAUUCAAGUUCUCAGGGACCCAGGCAUAACUGAUGAAACUUUCUUCUAGGACUUCAGAAAACAGACUCUGACUAUUCUAGAGUUUUUUCGUUAUUUUCAUUUUUUUUUUAAAUGUGAGUUGAUGGUCAUUUUAAUGUUUCCUAAUAGAAUUGUCAUGCAUGUUGACUCCAACGUUGGAUAGGAUUAUCUUCAGUUUUGGAUGUGAACGUGAUACAUGGAGAGGUAUUUAAAUUUUGGGGUCAUAAAAUUAGCCAUAAUGUGUAUGAAAAAUUCCACACUCUUCUAUGAAGAAGAGUUUCCAAAACAAAUUUUAGAUUGCUCCCAUUCCCCUGAUAAACUAGAAUUCUUCAUGGCUGAUUUUGUUCACCUGCCAAACUCAUUGGCUAAGUCUUCCUUAUCACCUCUCUAAAUUCUGGAAACGCGUUACAGUCAGGAUCAAUAAUGAAUAUUGUGAGUGGCUUUCCAGACACAAGGGCAUAGGUACUGGUGCAAACUCUGUUCUUGAUGCCAUAGUUCUUAGAUUUCUUUUUUAUUUCAGUCUUACACACCUGUGUUUAGGUAGCUUUUGAAAUGACAUAGCACUGAUGCAACGAACUCUGAGACCACCACUUACAUAGGAAAACUUGGUGUUUGAUGCCACCUUUACUGCAUAUUUGAAGCACGUCUUCAUUUUGCAAGUGUUCUUAUUCAUUUAAGAGGAUUUUAAAUGAAGAAAAUGAAGUUUGUUCACUUACAGUUAGGAGACUUUAGUUGGCAUUUGAUUUCCAAGAAUGUGUAGUACAUUUUCCAAAAAGAAAUGUGGAUGUUAUUCAGAACCACGUUGAUGGCUUAUGCUAGCAGUGGCAUUGGUUCAUUUUAUUUACAUGCGUGUGCACAUACAGAGAGAUGCACACACACAUACACACAUACACACACACACAACUUUGCACACACAAAGAGACACACACACCCCUGUGUAUGCAAAUGUAACUUAUUAGUUUAGGAUAUGUUUAGCAUUUUUUUCCACAGUUGCAAGAGGUUGUAGGUUAGUGCUAUGAUAUUCAUUCUUUUUUAUUCAUUACUUGUAAUCAUGGAGUUUUCUAUUCUCUUAGUUGUAAUAUUUAAAAGACAACUGAAUGCUUAACUUUAGUCUGAGAACUUAAGCAGUUUUGAGCCUUUCUGGUAAGGUGUAGUAUUCUUUCCCUAAUCGACAUCAGGGUACAUCUAUGUGGCACAUAGACACUGUUUUCAUUCUUCAUCCUCAGUCUUAAUUUUUCCCCCCAGAUGUCACCAUAUGUCACUGUCACUUAACAAAUGUUUGUGUUAAACAGGGUAAGUCAAGAUCCUAAGAUCCCAGCACUGUGGCAUAGCUCCAAUUGGUGUGCUGUGGUGAGCAGUUAUUUGCAUAAUAUUAUUGUUUGAUAGUGAAAAUAUUUAUUGCUGUUCGUCAUGUGUUCCAUUAUUCAAAUUUUGUAUGUUUAAUUAAAAUGCUGCAUAAUAUUGAUGGGUUCUGAAACCAUUAAAAUAAUCAAACAACUAUUUUGUGGAUUUAUAGCUUUAUUUCCUUGUAUUUUCAAUAAAAUGCUCUUUCCAUCUGUACAUUCUCUUACCAUCACCCUAUCCACAUAAGCUGUUUUCUUUUCCCUCUCCACUCACCCACCGCUUAAAUUUGAUGAGCACUUGUACAGCAACAAUAUCUUUGGGCUACAGAACUUGCAGUGAUACCUGAGUAUAUAUUUAUUUGGGGGGAAGCCAGAGCCUGUAAUUGUUUAAUUGAGCAGUUCUACUGCACCCACCCCCGCAGUAUUUACAACUGAUCCGACGCUCUUUCAUCCCUCCAAAAGCAUAAGAAUAUAACUAACCUCACUUUAUUUUUAGGAACUGUAUAUUGCAUCAAAAUCUGUGUUUAUUUUUUUUUUCAGGAAACGAGGAAGACUAGAGGGAGAGGGGAGGGCUUAUUUUUUAUCCUCGUUUGAAUUAUGAAGACAUUAUAUACAUGAAAUGGUAUAAACUAAUAACUUACAAAAUGCCCUAAUUAUAAUUAUUUCUCAUCUUCAGCCAGGUAUGAAAGCUGAAGCAGGGAAAAAACUGUAGUCCUAUUUAAUUGCUUUCUUCCAGUUUCUGGUCCAUCCCUUCUACGUCCACUGGGAACUACCUACUAAGUACUGUUGAUAAUAGACUAUAUUCUCUUCAACUUCUUUUUUUUACGUGACGAUUUCAUCCACACUAAAGCAUUAACAUAGAAAAUAUGAGCCAAAGUACUGAAUAGAAAUGGCUUCCAGUUGAAUUUAAUUCAUAUUUAAGUCUUGCUUUUUACUUGUAUAAUAAUACACUACUGCUGAGAAAAAAUAAUUAUGAAUGCCUCCUGCAUGUUAUAUAUUCUCUCUAACAGAGAUGGUGCAAUUUGAAAAAUACAAAGGGGCAUAGAAUUAGAAUGAAUGUGUUUGUGCAUAUAUGUGUUGUGUAUAGCCUAAAUAUGUUUAAAUAUUUUUAAAACUCUUCAAAUGUUUCACUUUCAGUGAAAUAAGGGCCAAUCUUCAGUAGAGACAUUUUCUUUUGUUAGUUUCACAGCGAAGGCUAGCAUUGGUCAUUUGUCUUUGUCAUAUAUUUUGAAACAUAUAUAACCGGUUUUUGCUUCGCUUCUGGUAAGAAACUAUUAGAAAAUGUAAGAUUUUGUCAUGAGUUGAAUGUUUUUGGCCCUCAGGUUUACCAUGUAAAUCUGCAUUUUGGUGGUAAAUCCCUUUGCCUGAGAUUCAUUAGUUUUUGCUAAACUGUACUGUUUUUAAAGUACGUUUUGUGUA